UCGUGAUAAAUGGGCAACUGAACAACAGAUUGGAGACCACGAAUCUUCUCAAGAUUGCUAUUCACCCAUUUUAAGAAGACACCAAGAUGUGAUGUCACAAUUUUCCUCCCAGCCAACUAAUGAGAAUGCUGCAUACCAGUGGACAGGAAGUCAGAAUGCACCUCAGGGUCAAACCCAACAUGGCUACAACUAUCACCACAUUGACCAAAGAACUGAAAGCCAGAGCACCCACCCAGCCUGCGUAGAUACUAAAUCCAACAUCCAGGAAAACACCACAGAUGUCUAUGCUGAGUUUACCACUGAUGCCACAGCUGCACAGUACCGAGUUAAUGCCAAGUACAGCCUGGAUGAUCCAGGUUCCAAGUCUCAGUAUGGAGCUGAAAGCCAGUAUGGAGAUGAAUCUAACUCCAUGUGCACUUCUGAACUCCAGUGCUCUCAGUAUCAAGCUGAUGGCCAGAGUCAGUAUGAGUCCGACCAUGCUCAUUACCAGUUUGAUGGACAGGCAUCCUACAGAUCAGAUGUCCACCCUGAGCGGGAAGACCACGCGCGGUAUGUGCCAGAGGAAUAUGUUCACUUUCUCCUGGAAAGACACUCCCAACAGGGAGAAGAUGCAGUUGGGAUGAUGGUGAAAACGGCCUCCGGUGAGGAAGCUGCUGAGGAGAUGGAUAACAGAGAAGAUCCAACUUCGUCUGCGGAUCUGUCAGGCGGGUCCAAUCAAAGGAGAAAGUUGGCGGCUCCACCAAUGAAUGUGUCCCUGGACCACAGUGAGGGGUCUCUUCUCUCAGACACAGAGGACGAGGCCUUGGACACUGGCGAUGAUCUGGAUGUCAACAUAGAUGACCUGGACUCGCCCGAUGAGGCCGACUUAGAAGGGGACUCAGAAGGGCCUAAUCUGGGUGCAGGAGCAGCUUCAAGUGUCGCAGGACACGGAGCAGCUGAGGAGAGCAGGGAUCGGCGGCUGUGGAGGAGCGUUGUGAUUGGAGAGCAGGAGCAUCGCAUUGACAUGAAGUGCAUUGAGCCAUACAAAAGAGUCAUUUCUCAUGGAGGUUAUUACGCUGAGCACAACGCCAUCAUCGUGUUUGCGGCAUGCUUCCUACCGGACAGCAACUGUGACAAUUACAAUUAUGUAAUGGAAAACCUUUUUCUGUAUGUAAUAAGUACCUUGGAACUAAUGGUGGCAGAAGAUUACAUGAUUGUUUACUUGAAUGGCGCCACACCUCGCAGGAGGAUGCCUGGUUUUACCUGGAUGAAAAAGUGCUACCAAAUGAUAGACAGAAGACUGAAGAAAAACCUUAAGAUGUUCAUCAUCGUCCAUCCUUCGUGGUUCAUACGGACUUUGCUGGGAAUCACCAGACCCUUCAUAAGCUCCAAGUUCAGCAGUAAGAUCAAAUAUGUGAAUAGUCUGCAGGAGCUUGGAGAAAUCAUCCCGAUGGAGUAUGUCCACAUUCCACCCAGCAUUGUCAAAACCGACAAGAAGGGGGGCUCUGUUGUUUGACACCCGGCUGCUGCCUAUCCUCUCCUUGCAUUAUGCUGUACUCCGCAGCAUACCUGAGUAUAAGCCAGCCUGCAGCAUGAUGUGUACGCACAUAGUUGUGACACCAACAACUAGCAAUGGGUUAGAAAGGAAGAUCCUGUGGUACAAAACAUGAGACAAUUGCUUGUUCACUGAGGAAUGUACGAACGUGAGGGUGCUGAGCAUAAUACUGUAUUUACAGUGCCGGGACAGUCACUGUGCUGAAGGGAAGAUGCUUUAUCUUGUACCACUGUACGCUAGAUAGCACUUGACUGCGUCCCCAUCCGGUAGCUUGAGUUUUCUUUGACUAAUUUGAACAAUGCUUUAAUUCUUACGUAAUUCUUUUUGGAGGAAUUACUGACUUUAUUAUGUUCAUGCAUCAAUCUACCCUGUCGGUUGCCAUGUGUCUCUUUUAAUAACCUGACACCAUAGCAAGGCUUAUGACUCUUGCAUACUAACCAAUAACAUGCAAACAGAAGUUGCGUUACAGUCCAUCUGCUGUGUUCCCUGGACAGUUGGGAUGCUACUGUACUCUAGCUCUGUCAGUAGACUGUAAUGUUAAGGAAUACUAUAGUUAGACUGUAAUUUUAGUAGUCAAGCUUUAAUUUCAGUUUAUUUCAUUUAUAAAGCACUUUAAAAAGCAAAAGUGUUUUGCACCUAAGUGCUUUUCAAAGACGGAUAUACAUGUAUACACAUACAAGCAUAAAGGCAUGUAAGUGAAUAACAGAUGAGGAAAUAAAGCAAAAUUGAAAUUGAAAGUUCAUUUAAAACCCAAGGAAUGAGAUAAAAAUAAGAAAGGAUUAAACACACUUAAAAUCCAGAGAAUAAAGGUGGGUCUUAAGGUGCAUCUUAGAAGCAUUAAUAGUUUCACCCUGUCUAAUGGCCUCCAGCAGGCUAUUCCAGAGCAGAGGAGCCACUACAGAAAACUUAACAAAAACAGACAGAAAAGAAUCAUUGUACUGAACGAGUUAUGUUUUUCAUGGCACAUAGCAGAAUGACCAAGCUGUUUUUUGAAUAUCUUAUGAAAGAGAAGGCGGCUCCUGCCACAGCAGGUUUUUACAUUUUGUCACUAUCUCAUACAAUCCUUAAAACGCUCUCAGUAGGCUAUUAACACUGUAUAUCACUGUGGAAAUAUUUCCGAUAAUAAAGGUAAUAAAUUAUCAGUUAUUAGUAGCUGCAGUAAUGUGUUGCAUGCUUUCAGUUGCUGCUGUUUGAGAUUGCUGUGAUCACUGGGGUCAAAAGAAAUUCUAUAUGUUGACUGAUGGUGAGAGAGGUACGGUAUAGCGAGCGCCUACUGCGCAGGUAUGGGUGUGUCGACUUUUAUUAGCUUUUUCUGAUAUCUGUAUACAUUUGUUUGUGGCUUGCAAGAUAUUCAUUUGUUGUAAAAUAUGUCAAAUGUUUUACUCCAUUAAAGAUGUGUUCCUCCUCAAAUGUCUUUUCAAAAAAUAUGCCAUACACUACAAUGCACACUAUAUAAUAAUGAAAAGUACCCUGUUGA